CCAUUGAACAUCACAUACUGUCCAUCAGCUCUGAAGCAUGCCGCGCUCAGUUCUGAUCCUCUGGUUGGCUGUACUGUGGGCCAUUGGUGCAGCAGGAUACCGAGGAUAUUCCUACGGAACAGGCGAUGCUGUGCACCUAAUUGAUCAGUACAAGGGUUACUCCUCAGGCACGCAUGACCCUUACAUUCCUGAUGACUACGGCAACGGUUACGACAGUUAUGGAGAUGGGUAUGUGCUAGAAGACUACGGGAGUGAUGACAACGUGGCCUACGUAUUGGUGGAUGAUCGGGAUCCAUAUGGCCAAUACGGUGCUGUAUCGUAUGCUCCUUACGACCAGUAUGGCACAUAUUAUUCGGAAUACGAACCUUACGGUGAUGACAACGCGUAUACUACAGAGGACGGUUACCCGUUGGCUGCUUAUCACCCUGAAGAGACCUACGGUUCGUACGAAAAAUAUGAUCGUUAUGGAGCAGAUAUGUACGGCGGCUACGACAAACCAACGCCGCGUGUGAAAUAUGACACGUACGACAAAUACAAAGGUUAUGAUGAGUAUUUGCCAAGCGGCAAGUAUGAUGACUACGAGGAUUACAAUUAUGACAAGUACGGAGCGCACGGUGAUAAAUCGGACAAGCUGUACGACAAUGCCUAUUACGGAUACGGCGGUCAUGAAGGCUAUGGUGAUAAGUAUGAUUCCUACGACGCGGAUCAUGAUGAUUACGACUACAAACCACAUCCCCAUUAUGAGUACGAAGAUGGAAAAUAUGAACCAUUAAAUUGGGAUGAUUACACCUAUGCGGAACCGUACGGAGCCUAUGGAACAGUGGGAAAAGCUGAAAAGUACGAUUCCGACGGUGGAUACACAACGUACGAAAAGGAGUUCGAAGUACAGAAAUACGGAGAUAAUGCUAAAUACGGCGGGUACAAUGACUACAUUUAUGCAAAAUACAAAUCACCGAUUGUUGAUGAUUCUAAGGCAUAUCGUCAUAAGUAUUAUUCGAUGGGCCAAGGGUACAAACGGUUCAAACCUCGUGUAUCCGGUAAACAUUAUGAUACGUAUGAUGGGAAGUACGAUGGAUUGAUUACUUAUGGGCCAGUUCACACAAAGAAGCAUGAAAGUGUGUACGACCACUAUGACUAUCAACCUCAAAAAUAUGAUGAUCAAUAUGACAUUAAGCCGACCGAUGGUUAUGACUAUAAACCAUAUUACGAAAGUGUAAAUGAGAAAUCUGCCGAGCAUUACGGCGAGCACGACGGACAUGGUGAAGGAAAAUUCUACGGUGCUUACGACCACUAUGGCAAACAUGAUAAGUAUGGACACGACAGUCUGCAUGGAGAGUACGGGACAGAUGGACAUCUGCAUGUGAACGACAAACUCCUACACGAUGAUCGGUACAAGAUGUAUGGUGGGAUUCGAGGAAAUGGGAAGAUGUCUGGUUUCCAAGAGUCCGAGAAAGGCUUAAAGUACGAGGAAGUAACUUCAUUCCAUCAAGGUGGGUCGGUGGAUACUUACGGUAAACACAAGAAACGCUACGGAGGAUAUGACACACAGGGCAAAAUCAAACAGUACGGUGACGAGUUCUUACGGCGGAAACAUGCCAUCCAAGGCGAACUGAAAGCCAGAGGUAAGACUGGUCGCUACAGUGAUGAAGAUGCGAAGGCCAAAUUCUCACUUCAUACAAGAAUUAGGGAUUAUGGAAAAGAAAACCAAUACGGCAAUCGCAAGAUCUAUGGAAACAAGCGGGGAGGAGAGGAAACCGAGUUUUACGGUGAAUGGAAGGGUCACGGCGGUUUUGGUUCUUAUGACAGAGAAAAAGGUCACAGAGACCUUGAUGAUUACGGAACCUACUAGUGUUUGGUACAACAGGUACAAUGUGUAUAGUGAU